AUGAAAGAAGACGGAGCUUGCGGUGCAUGCAAGCACCAAAAAAGAAAGUGCACCCCCGGCUGCGCACUCCGGCGCUAUUUUCCGGCCAACCAGCCCCCCAGCAUAUUCCAAUGCGUGCACCGUUUGUUCGGCGUUUCGAACGUGACCAAAAUCCUACAAAGCCUACAAACCGAAGUCGAGAGAGACGACGCCAUGCAGUCCAUCAUCUUCGAGUCCAAGAUGAGGGAGCAAUUCCCUGUGGAAGGGUGCACCAGAGUUAUCCGAGACCUCCAACUCCAGCUUCACUACGCCCUCCAAGAACUCAACCGCGUGCACGCGCAGCUCGCCGCGUGUAGGAACCUCCGCGGCCACCUCUUCAUGAAUAAUAAUGCGCAGCCGCCUUCCGCCGCCGCCGCCGCCGACGUGGGGCCCACCUAUUUUGAAUCCAGGGUUGACCCUCAAUAUCUCUCCUCGGAGCAUCCACCGUCUACUAAUUGGCUUCCCGGGUCGACCCAUUUUGAACCCGGGUCGGGCUCGGGCUCUAGCAGUAUGCCGCCCCCGCCCCCGCCGCCGCCGCCGCAGGCUAAUUAUUCGAAUUCGGCAAUUCAACAACAAAUGGGGUCGUCGUUCGGUAUCCCGCGUCGUCGAGAUCAAGAUUUCCAAGAAUCGGUUAUGAAGUCGACGUUGGACGAGACACUAUCGCUGCAGAUUGGUUGUGAUCGUAUCGAAGAGGCAUCGUCGUCGUUCGGUAUCCAACAAUUCCCGCGUCACGAUCAAGAUUCCGACGAAACCGGUGAUGAAGCCGACGAACAAGAAACUGUCGCAGAUUGA